AAGUGGCAGGUAACUAUUCCACGCAAUACACGACCCCAUUUCUGCGAUACACUACACUUUUCGUACACUUAUCAUACACCUGCAAAAUUUGCGAUAGUUUUACGGUUUGCGAGCGAUUGAAACACGGGGACAUUUGUAAUCAGAAGGACAACUCAUAAAAAAUGGCCGAUCCAUUUUACAUUAAUCGCGGUGAAGUGAAACACCAUUUGAGCCGUUUAGCCAGCGCCGUAGAGAAGUUUGACCGGCAAGCACAGCUGCCCACUUCACCGACACACAAGGAGAAUGCGGAUGAUGAUGUCGCCUUCGAUAAGGGCGCCGUGCAGGAUAUCAUCAAGAUGAUCAGUGAACUGGAGAACAACUUGAAAGAACUGAACGAUACCUUCGCUAUGCAGUCACAGAACGCCAAAGUGCUCGGUCUGAACAUGGCCGAACUGGCCAAACGGAAGGAUAUUGUCGAAGUCCAUCAGCGCGAGUUCGACGGUCUACGGGAUAAAUUCGCCUUCGCCAUUACCGGUGAUGCUUCGGUGGAUUCCAAGACCGUCGUCGAGGGAUUGUUUGCCGAGCGUGAGGGCAACGUCCGACGCCAUCUGCUCACCGGGAACAAAGAAAAUCUGGGCUAUAUGGGCGAUAAUGGAUCGCAGAAUUUCCAUGUGGAGCCCAGUCGCACCAGUAUGCACGAGAUGAAACAUAAACGAGAGUUUGCCGAUGAGGACGAUGAUGAUCUGGUGGAAGUGUACACCAAGAAGAACACCGCCACCAUCGAGAUGGAGGAUACCGGUAAACCGUACUUAAAGAGAGCGGGCAACCGCGCCACACAGGGCCGCCCCGUGGCGGACUGGAUGAACCGCAAUUUCCCUUUAUCCAGACGCAGGAAUCGCAUCAUAUUCUUCAGUUUCCCAUUUGUGCUUGUGCUCCUCAUUAUCAUCAUCAUUAUCAUAGUAAGAUAUUCUUAAGUCGGCACAUAUAGUCUUCGCUGACAUUCCCCGCUGAUAUUACUUACAAUACAAAGCUGGAUAUAAAUUAUAAAUGUAUUGGUUACCUGGUACCGUAUUGGACUGCGUUACAUUACAUUGGUUAUGACUAUGUCUAUGAGUACUCCUAAUGAAGUUACCGGUGGACCUUCAAAAUGCAAGUCAUCUGUGAAUAAACUUAAAAGGAUUAUUAAAGAUCAGCAAAAGAGCUGCUAGGCUAAA